UAUCACCUUAAUUUCAUCAUGCAGACCACAGCUAUCUGAAGAGAUGGAUAGUUGGACAGGUUUCCGUCUCUUGCGAUGCGUCCCAGGAUGUGGAUCUGGAGCCCCCCAGGCUAGCGUGUGGCCAGAAAGAGAGAGAGAAAAUAUGAGCCGAGAGACCCCCUAGAUGCUCAUCUCUGAGUGUGCCCUUCUGUUGAUGCGGUGCUCAGUCAGAUGCUAGUGAGGGAGAGAUCAGACAGCAUCAGCAGGGGCAUCCUGCCCCUCCAAAGCGCAUCUGCUUAUUGAGCGUUCACCACAGGACACCAGAGGAGAAAAUCGGGCAGCUGAGGAGUGAAAGGAUGUUUUCACUAUUGUGGAAGAUCCUGUUGGAACUUUUCCUGGUUUGGUGGAUGUUUGAAGGUGUCAUCAGGUGUGUUUUUAGUAAAGAGCUCAAAUCUCCCAGCAGCAGGGUGAAGCCAAUGUCACCAUCUGAUUUCCUGGAUAAACUAAUGGGGAAAACUUCAGGAUAUGACGCUCGGAUCAGACCCAACUUUAAAGGUCCUCCUGUUAAUGUCACGUGCAACAUUUUUAUCAAUAGCUUCGGCUCCAUCACAGAGACCACCAUGGACUACCGACUUAAUGUUUUUCUUCGGCAGCAGUGGAAUGACCCUCGGCUGGCAUAUAAAGAAUAUCCAGAUGACUCCCUGGAUCUAGACCCAUCCAUGCUGGACUCCAUCUGGAAGCCAGACCUGUUCUUCGCCAAUGAGAAAGGAGCCAACUUUCACGAGGUCACCACAGACAACAAACUGCUGAGGAUUUUCCAGAAUGGAAAUGUGCUGUACAGCAUCAGACUUACUCUGAUUCUGUCAUGUCCUAUGGAUCUGAAGAAUUUCCCAAUGGACAUACAGACCUGCACUAUGCAACUCGAGAGCUUUGGCUACACUAUGAAUGAUCUGAUAUUUCAGUGGUUGGAUGAAGGCCCAGUGCAAGUGGCUGAUGACCUUGUGCUGCCCCAGUUUGUCCUGAAGGAGGAGAAUGACCUGGGUUACUGUACAAAACACUACAACACUGGUAAGUUUACCUGUAUAGAGGUAAAGUUUCAUCUGGAGAGGCAGAUGGGUUAUUACCUGAUCCAGAUGUACAUCCCCAGCCUAUUAACAGUCAUCCUGUCGUGGGUCUCUUUCUGGAUCAAUAUGGAUGCUGCCCCUGCCCGUGUUGGGCUGGGCAUUACUACAGUUCUUACCAUGACAACACAGAGCUCUGGGUCCAGAGCAUCACUGCCCAAGGUGUCCUAUGUGAAGGCCAUCGACAUCUGGAUGGCAGUGUGCCUGCUGUUUGUCUUUGCUGCUUUGCUGGAGUACGCAGCUGUUAACUUUGUCUCGCGGCAGCACAAAGAAUUCUUCAGACUCAGGAGAAAAUUGCGGGAGGAACAACGCCACAGAGCCGCCUCUGGACAGGCUGAAGGAACAGAGAUGAAAAACAAAAGCAACAAUGUGACGGGGAGCACGCCAUCCAGAAACGCACAACGCCAUUGCAGCGCCUGCGCACGGGACCAGCAGAAUCAGGAAUCACAGAAUCAGGAUUUGUACUUUAUGGGAUACGGGAUGGACACCUGUAUGUCUGGGGACGGGCCUCUCUCUGAGGCCGCUGCCAUGUUCGUGGGCCUUCCGCCUGGCCACGUGCUCUUUGAUAUCCGCCGCCGCUUCGUGGAACGAGCAAAGCGGAUCGACACCAUCUCACGGGCCGUUUUCCCUCUUAGCUUUCUCGUAUUCAACGUCUUCUACUGGGUCACGUACAAAGUUCUUAGACAUGAGGAUAUUCAUCAUACCCUGCGACCUUAAGAUUAUGUGACCCUCAACUCCUCAUGACUGCAGCCCUUCCCAGCAUCCCAUUUCAUGAGAUCAAAGUAUACCUGCCCCGUGUAAUCAAGGACUUUAAAGCAAACUGGCCCACGCCACGUUCGUGUCAGAAGUGCAACACACAUUCCUCGUCUGCAUGUGUGUGAAUAUGCAUGGGUCUAAAACCACACAUUUUUACAAAGAGCAAAAUAAACCUUUAAUGUAUUUGUUGAAUUGCGUUGCCUUUGGUCUCUUGAUUCCCAAAACCUAAAAGCUGCA